AUGGCGGAUGAAACAGGGGAGAUGAAUUGUGUGCGCAGAAAGGUCAAAUGUGACAAGGCACUCCCAUCAUGCUCGAGCUGCAGUAAAGGCGAGUUUGAAUGCGUCUAUCGAGCACCGGAUCCACCGCGACCGCGAAAGCGAAAGCGGAACGAGGACGCGCACGAGCGGUUGAAGCGGUAUCAGCGCAUCUUACAAGAAAAUGGCCUUCUAUCCGUAGCUGAUGGCAAACAGACAGGCCAGAGCACGCAGAACUCAAUGUCCCCUGCGAGGACGACUGGCGAACUGGUCUCCGGUGACGGCAAAUCCCGGUAUAUUGGCAGUGGUCUCUGGCUCAAUACUGGGCUAGUCAGCAUGCAUGAAAGACCGGAGGAUGCAGAGGAAGACCAACCUGUUCCAGCAGUGGCUACGAAUCUUUUCACAACGGAUCCAAUUACCGGUGUGCUUCUUGGAGGCUCGCAUACUCUUACCCACUAUCAUCCCAGCCACAGAGAUGCAAUGAAGCUUUGGGCGACGCAUGUUGAAAAUGUCGAGCCUCUUUGUAAAAUCCUACACAUUCCGACAACAACAAAAAUGGUUGAAACAGUCUCUCAGAAACCCUCCACGGCGUCAAAAGCGGACGAGUGCUUACUUUUUGCCAUUUACCACUUUGCCGUAUUCUCUAUGUCGGAUGAGAAUUGUGUGCUUGAAUAUGGGCAGUCACGCAUUGAGCUGAUGUCCAAGUACCAACAUGCUGUUUGGCAAGCCCUAGUCAAUGCAUCAUGGCUGAAGACCACAGAAAUGCCCAUAAUCCAGGCGUGCGUGCUCUUUCUUAUUUCCAUUCGUACACAAAUUGACCCUCACCUAUUUUGGAUGCUAACCGGUAUUGCGGUCCGCAUCGCCCAGCGUAUGGGACUCCAUCACGAUGGAGAGGGUCUUGGGUUAUCCCCAUUUGACGUUCAAAUGCGGCGGCGAGUGUUUUGGCAGCUUCUCCCUCUCGACGGAUACGCAGGUCAAAUCUCAGGCACCGGAAUUUCCAUCUCACCCAAUAGCUGGGACACCAAACCACCGCUCAACAUCAACGAUGCGCAGAUCUACCCUGAUAUGACGCACCAGCCAGAAGAGCAAAAAGGCGCCUCUGAGAUGAUUUACUGUCUCACAAAAACAGAGUUGUCCAAUUUGUAUACGCGAACUGGCGUCGAAAUGAAGGAUACCGGUGGUACGAUUCAACUGAAAGCGAGUGGGGAGCUUGAAAUGCUUAUUGACGAGGUUGAAAACUCCAUUGAGACCAAGUAUCUCCGGUACUGCGAUAUCAUCAACCCGCUGCACGUUCUAGUACUUGGGAGCGUGAGAUCUGCUACCAACGCGGCGCGACUACGCAGCCGAAUCUCCCCACUAAUGAAUCAUACCAUUGGCGAUCCCGAAAGGAAACAACUUUGUACUCUGGCUCGGAAGAUUAUUGAUACCGACUGCACACUAUAUAGCAACCCUCAUUUGGGGAAAUUUCGAUGGAAAAUAAAGGCGUUGUUCCUCUGGGAUGCGCUAACGUGUAUCCUGACCAGCCUAGCAAAGGUGGGAUUCUUUUCGCCUGCAGAGCUCAAGAGCAACUGGAGCAAAAUGGCAGACGUCUACUUGAACCACCCCGAAAUUCUUAACGCCAAGACUGCGUUUCAUGUUGCAGUUGGCAAGAUAACACUCAAAGCCUGGUCAACCAAUCCACCAAGCGAUGCCACAUUCGAGCCGGAUUUUGUCACAACUUUGCGCUCUCAGCGCGAGAACAGGCCCACUGGCGCUCCGGAGAAGAUGGGAAAUGUUACAUUCGACGAAGAAGGUGGAAUGGGUGUAUCCUCGCUUAACGAUUCGCUUUUUAGCAGCUUUGAUGGAACGGACUUCAAUUUGGACAAUGCUGUUGGUCUUUUUCCUGCCGACUGGUUGUUUGGGAAUUAGCUUAUUGGCUUUUACAUCUAACAUGCCAAUUUACUUUCUUUAGCUAAAACUAAAUAAACGAUUUGCUGUUUCUUUGUGGUA